UAAUAUUCUAUAUUAUAAAGUUCAACCAGACUUGAGAAACCUGGAAGAGGAUCAUCAAAAUUAAAAAAUCACAAAAAGUUCCAGUUUUCUUUCCUUUUCUGAAGGAACCCAGGGAGUUUCAGUUACCUAUCAGCAAUUCAUCAGCUAAACACUCUCUCCCUCUCUGUGUUUUUUUUUUCCCUAUCUUCUCUUUCCAUUUUGUUGGUCAACUUUUGCUCAUUACACCCCCUGAGUCUUCAUAGUUAGAGCCUUUUGAAGCAUAACCUGAAGUGAAGAAAUCCAUCUUCUUCAGUCUAUCUGGUUUUGUAGCCUUUUGAAGCUUCCUGUGUCAGUUGCUCAAGAUUCAUCUCUAAUUCAUUCUUCCAAGCUUCUGCUGAGUUCAUCUUCUUCCAUCUCAACUCAAAGAGUGACCCUGUAUUUAAUAUUUGAUUCUUCUUUUCCACUCUUGCCCACAACAAUCAAGUGCUAAAAGUUCAUACUUUUUGGUUCUCACUACUUAAUAAGUCCUAUGGGUCAUUAGAUGGACCACACCAUAAUACAAAUCAUCUCAAAUUUUGUUUCUAGGGGAAUCUCAAGUUUCUUGCUUUACUUGCAAGUGACUCUGGUGCUGUGCUUGGGGGGAAGUCCAAUCAGUACUGUAAUUUUACUUAUUUGAGCUUUGUUUAGCUAUAGAAUAUGUGGGCUUGUUAUGUUUAGCAAUGUUUGGAUGAGCUAAUUUUUCCUCAAAAUCAAUUCUGACACCCAGAAGCUAGUCAUGUAUGCUGCUUCUCAAAAUUUACUGAGAUGGAUACUUAAAGGACUCUAAUAUCUCCUAUUGCUUCUAGCAAAUGAAGGCAAGCAUGCCUUUGACUCAAUUGGAACCUGGUUUAUUUGGGGUCAUGGAUAAUGUUAACGAAGCAUCGUCAUCCUUAAGUUUUGUAUCAUCUCACUUGUCAAAUUGUGCUAGCAAUCACAACAUAUCUUCCUCUAUCAGCAAUGAUGGGGAAAAUAUUGAAGUUUUAAGUCUGAAUAAGCUCAGUGGAAGCCUUGAGAAGUUAUUAACUGAUUCUGAGUAUGAUUAUAGUGAUACUGAGGUUGUUGUUGAGGACAUCCCUGUGGGUGUUCAUCGCUGUGUAUUGGCCUCACGCAGUCAGUUUUUUCAUGAGCUUUUUAAGAAAGGAAGUAAUGGACCAGUGAAGGAAGGGAAGCCAAGGUAUCUCAUGUCAGACUUGGUGCCUCAUGGCCCUGUUGGAUAUGAAGCUUUCAUCGUUUGCUUGCAUUAUUUGUAUACUGGAAAGCUAAAGGCUUCACCGCCUGAAGUUACACAUUGUGUUGAUGAAGCUUGUGUCCAUGAUGCAUGCCGCCCUGCUAUCAAUCAUGCUUUGGAACUCAUGUAUGCUUCUGCUACUUUUCAGAUGAAAGAGCUUGUUUUUGUUUUUCAGCGUCAUCUCCUAAGUUUUGUUGAAAAAGCUUUUGUGGAAGAUGUCAUUCCUAUUCUUAUAGCUGCUCACCACUUCCAACUAGACCAGCUUGUUUCUCCGUGCACUCAGAGAGUAGCAAGGUCUGAUCUUGACAGCAUAUCUUUGGAAAAGGAACUCCCUCAUGAUCUUGUGACUGAAAUCAAAUCACUCCGGGUCCAAUAUGUGCCGGAAUCCGCGCCUAAUGCAAUGGAAUUGGAGCCUUUGAAUGAUAAGAAUAUCAGGAAAAUCCUUAAAGCAUUGGACUCUGAUGAUGUUGAGCUGCUGAAGCUUCUUUUAAAUGAAUCUAGUGUCACUCUAGAUGAUGCCUAUGCCCUCCACCAUGCCUGUGCCUACAGUGAUUCUAAGGUUGUCAAAGAAGUUCUUGCUCUAGGAUUGGCUGAUAUACUCAUUAGAAAUCCCCGGGGAUACACGGUUCUUCAUGUGGCCGCAAGAAGAAAAGAUCUAUCCAUUUUGGUUGCACUGCUGAACAAAGGGGCUUGUGCAUCAGAAACCACUCCGGAUGGACAAACUGCUCUUUCAAUUUGUCAGAGGAUGACAAGGUGCAAGGAUUAUCAUGAGAAAACAAUGCAGGGGAAGGAAUCUAACAAGGACAAGCUCUGUGUUGAUGUCCUUGGGAGAGUGAUGAGAGAGAAUUCCAUGUCUGUGAAUAUGUCUGUUUUGUCUCAAUUAACUGCUGAUGACUUGAACAUGAGUCUGGAUUACUUUGAAAACAGAGUUGCAUUUGCUAGGCUGUUCUUUCCUGCAGAGGCUAAGGUAGCCGUAGAGAAUGCUGAAGCAGAUUCCACAAUGCUAUGUUCAUCAGAUUUACUGAAGGGCUUGAGUAGCAAUCUGAAAAAAGUAGAUCUAAAUGAAACUCCCUCUGUUAGAACCAGAAAACUUCAGAUAUUGCAUGCCCUUGUAAAAACAGUGGAGAAUGGUAGGCGCUUCUUUCCCCAUUGCUCUGAGGUGCUUGACAAGUUUCUGGAAGAUGACAUGCCUGACGUUUUCUUCCUAGAGAAGGGUAGUGAAGAAGAGCAGAAAAUGAAGAAAGCGCGCUACAUGGAACUGAAAGAUGAGGUGCAGAAGGCAUUUCACAAGGACAUAGCUGAAAACAACUGUUCAGGUUUUUCAUCUUCAGUGUCUUCCUCAUCAUCCUCAACUCGUAGGGUAGGUCUUAACCUCAGAGUGAGGAAAAAAUGAAGUCCAUGUUUUUCUAAAGUUGUCACUAGAAUAGAAGUUUUGGCUUCUUGCAGUAGUGUUGCAAAUUGAAAGUUGCAACAACAGUUGCAUAUUUUCCCAAAUAAGAUGUUAUGUUAGAUAAGAUGUAUUAGAAAGGAAUAUGGGAGAUUUUUACUAGCUUGGUGUACAUGCUUAUAGUAGUUGCACCAAAAGAAAAAUGGAAAAAGAAGGGAAGGUGUACAUUUUUUCCUUCAAAAGGAAAUGAGCCACUCUCAGAUAUGGCCCUUCAAAUAUACCUUCAUAGCUGAAAAUUACUAGCUGUGAAUUGCUUUUCUUGGGCAAUUACGCCCCAAUCAGCAUUUUUGUUUUUUGGUCAACAAUUAUCCACCAGUACUGUUUCUUGUCCUCAAAGUCAAAUAUCAGUCAACAUUGCAUUGGUCAAAAAGGCAGGGCCACAAGUAAACACACUGGAAUGUAUUGAAUCGUUGAACAUGUAUGUAGUGGUUUGGUUAAUUAUGGAAAAUAAGCAACUUGUUGAAUGUUUGUGCUAAA